CCAAGACCAAGUAUCAAAUGCAAACUUCUGCUAGUUCUUACUUCUCAGGCUCAGGUUCAGAAUACAGAGUGGAGAAGAAUCAAAGAUGCCUAGGGUUUCAGCUUUGGAUUUGCCUGAUGUUCCAAAAGGCCAUCUCCCUCCACACCUCGAGCUUCAGAGGACUCGCGUCCUCUGCGCAUCUGAUGCACCCACUCAUACAGAAACUAUUCAAUACUCCGGUGCUUAUGCAUCCGUUGGAGUCGAUAAUAGCUUGAGACUGGACCAGUUCUGCCGAGACUUUAGAGUUGAAGUAAUUCGUCUCACAGAGGACGAUAUGGAAUUUGACAUGGUUGGCAUCGACCCUUCACUAGCCAAUGCAUUUAGGAGAAUUCUCAUAGCGGAGGUUCCAACAAUGGCUAUUGAGAAAGUUCUCAUUGCAAACAAUACAUCGGUGGUUCAAGAUGAAGUUCUUGCCCACAGGCUAGGCCUUAUUCCGAUCAAGGUUGACCCAAGGCUAUUUGAGUACAUGUCAGAAAAUGAUACUCCAAAUGAAAAGAAUACAAUAGUUUUCAAACUUCAUGUUAAAUGUAAAAUAAAGGGUCCCCGUCUUACAGUGAAAUCAGAUGAACUUAAGUGGUUAUCGAAUGGGAGUGAACUUCCACUGGAAAUGGAAAGCCACACUUCAGAUCCAGCUUCGAAACAGAAAACAUACACGGCAUUCACUUGCAGCCAGGUUUCAUUGCCAGAAUUUUCCAACAAUCCAAUUGCUCCUAAACAUCAAGAUAUUAUUAUUGCUAAGCUUGGCCCAGGCCAGGAAAUUGAACUUGAAGCACAUGCUGUAAAAGGCAUGGGUAAAACUCAUGCCAAGUGGUCCCCUGUGUCCACAGCUUGGUAUAGAAUGCUUCCUGAGGUUGUGUUAUUACAAGAAGUUGAGGAUGAGAUGGCUGAAGAACUGGUAAAAAAAUGUCCAGUUAAUGUAUUUGACAUAGAAGAUGUUGGUAAAGGUAAGAAGCGGGCUACUGUAGCCCGAUCACGAGCUUGUACCCUGUGCAGAGAAUGCAUUCGAGGGGAAGAUUGGGAAAAGCGUGUAGCUUUAAGACGUGUUAAAGACCAUUUCAUCUUUACUAUUGAAUCAACUGGAGCACUGCCUCCAGAAGUGCUAUUUACUGAAGCUGUGAAGAUCUUGGAAGACAAGUGUGAGCGUGUGAUUACGGAGCUGUCUUGAUGGUUUUGGUUUGAAAGAACAGAAAUUAGGAAGCUCAUUCAGAGAAAGAAAAAUGAUAGCUUUACAGUUAGAUCUUUUUUUGUUAGAUAGCUUUACAGUUAGAUCUUUUUUUGUUAGAUAGCUUUACAGUUAGAUCUUUUUCUUUGAUAGAUAGCUUUACGGUUAGAUCUUCUUGGCUGCUUAGGUGUUUAGAUUGCUUCUGGAUAUGACCCCAUACAGGAAGAAAUUUGUACCUCAAAACUCAAAUGUUAAACAGAUCAUAAUCCUUAUUUUUCCAACUUGGAUGCUCCCAUGCAAAACUUAUUUUAA